AUGCCAUCCACGUCGAUGAGCGGACCCUCAAUCGCUGAGGAAGAGGCAAAUUCCACGCUGAGCAACGAUGAUGGCUCCAGCGGCGACGAGUCGAGAAUGACCAGCGCCGGACCUAACAAGAAGCGCAGGAGGGAGAAGCAUCAGAAGAUAUCCUGCGAAAUGUGCAAGGCGCGUAAGGUGAAAUGUGAUCGCGCUGAACCUGCGUGUUCGUGGUGCGCGAGGCAUAACAGAGCUUGUGUUUACCUUGAAAGGCAGAAGCCAGGUGCUGGCCGUAAUGGCUUUAGCAUUGAGCUUGAGGCAAAGGUCAACAGGAUUGAUGCAUUGCUUCAAGCGCUGGGAAGGCGAGUGGAGGAGCAUAUCGUUCAAGACCACUCUUCAGUCGGUUCCCCAGGUGUAUCGCCGUCAAUAAACGGAUAUGGACCACCGCAAGUGGAUGGGAGACCGACGCCGAACACAAGUCUCCCAAGACAGUCUUCGUUCUCGCAGGUGAGAUCACCAGGCAUCACAAGUCCAUGGCAGCCUAUAAACAACCAGAACACUACUCAGUCGCCGAUGCAGACUCAACAAGGCGCCAGUGCACCAACGCCAAGUCAGUCGAGUACUGCGCUAAAUCCAGCUGGCGUAAGGCGAGAUCCAUCGUUCCAGUCAUACACGAUUGAUCUACCGCCGCACGACAUCAUCUACAGCCUCGUGGAUCUCUACUUCAAGCACUGCAACACAUGGUGUCCUAUCCUUGAGCGAAAGACUAUCUUUGCCACCUUUUUUGGCUCAACUUCCAUGGAGGAAGCUGAUCGGAUAUUGCUCUACGCGAUUGUGGCUACGACGUUGCGCUUCCUCAAGGAUCCGAGGUUAUCAACGGAGAUGAGCUCAUAUUAUCACAAGGUCGCCAAGCACACAGUGCAGUUGUACGCUAUGGAGCAUACCACCAUUCCUGCGAUGAGAGCUCUCGUCAUCAUCACUCUGGAUGAGUUGGGGACGUCCAAUGGCCCUCGUGGCUGGAAUCUACUGUCUCUACUGGCACAAAACGUCAGACAGCUUGGCCUGAGCGAGGAAAGCAGCGUCUUUCUAUCGGCGGAUGCUUCCGAAGUUACGCGUACCGCUUCAUCUCACAGAGUCACCGCUGGCAAACCCGAAUCUUGGAUCGAAGACGAGGGGCGGCGACGACUGUACUGGAUGAUCUAUGUUCUAGAUCGAUACGCAACAAUCGCAACACCGACUUUUGACUUCAUCCUCAAUGACGCAAAGAUCAACCGUUUCCUCCCCUGCUCCUAUGAUCUCUUCUCAAAGAACGUGCCAGUCGAAACACGCUCCUUGAGUCCCUACAACGAAAAACAAUCACCAAUAAUGACAUAUCUUGUCAACAAACCCGAGAAUCUUGGCAGUUUUGCUUACCAUUGUGAGAUUCUUGUUAUUGUGAGCAGAAUCCACGAGUUUCUCAAAACGCCCGUUGAUGUCACUUCAUCAAGCGACAUGGCUGAAUGGCGCAACACAUAUCGCAACCUGGACAGGACACUGGAUGGUUGGCUUCAGAGCUUACCGAGCGAAUAUAGCAAAAUCUCGGCUCUUUGCCAUUCUGAUCCUGCGAGUCGCGUGGCUAAUUGGUUCAUGCUUCACAGCGCGUAUGUCACGGCUGCUGUGAGACUUCACUCUUCGGCUGCGUAUCCCACAGUUCGUUCUCACAUUUUUGUUCCUUCGCACUACGCCAUGCAGAGAUGUUUAUCUGCUGUGCAGAGUCUGGGGGAUAUCACCAAAGAUGUUCUUGAAGCUGAUGGUCUGAAUCUUCUGGGUCCCUCGUUUGCCUUCUCGCUUUGGGUUGCUGCGAGAUUACUUCUUGUUCAUGCUGCGACGGUUGGAUGUCCGGUGGACUCGCAGAUUGACUUCUUUAUUGAUACGUUGCGCGAUGUUGGACAACAUUGGGAGGUUGCGAAUAAUUACUCAAAAAUUCUGCAUCGUGUUAUUCAGAGAGUCCGACAGGGUGACAUGAACUUUUCAGCUAUGCGAAGGAGUGCAUAUGACCUAGUGACCCUUACAUCGACAGCACGACACUCUGGCCUGGAGCCAACAUCAACACAGGCUACGUCUCUCAGCGAGCUUGAUAGCAUCGAUGUGUUUGAGUUCUUCAACUGUCCUCGACUGUCAGCAAGCUCAAGCAGCCAGUCACAGCUACAGUUACAGCCGAUGCGGGAACCAACCAGAAACAACGGAGUGCCCGACCCGGAGGCUGAUUGGUUGGCCUUUGGAUCCCCGUUCAAUCAGGUGUAG